CUCUCUCUCUCUCUCUCUCUCUCUCUCUCUGCAACUUCUUCCCACAAAUGCGCCACCAAAAUCUCCACAAAAAUUUCUCCUCUAAUGGCGGCCUUCUCUCACCUCUCCUUCACUCCUUCACCCCCACCCACCAAACUCGGCACCUUGAACUUCAAGGUCACCUCUUGCCUCUCCCUAAAGCAAUCAAAUGACCAGACUCUCGCCUCCCAAAACGACGCCGUAUUAUUCGACAGCCUCCGUGUCGUCUUCGCCGCCGGUGGUACCGGAGGCCACAUAUACCCGGCCGUCGCCAUAGCCGACGAGCUCAAAACCACCAACCCCAACGCCCAAAUUCUGUUCUUCGGCAUACCCAAAAGCAUGGAAAGCAAGGCCAUCCCCAACGCCGGCCACGACUUCGCCGCCGUCCCCGCCGCCAAGUUGCACCGCCCGGUUCUGUCACCCAGAAACGUCUUCCUACCCUAUCACUUGAUCAAGUCGAUCAUCUGGAGCUACUACAAAUUACGGGAGUUUGAUCCCCAUAUUGUGAUCGGCACCGGCGGGUACGUAUCGUUUCCGGUGGGCAUUGCGGCGGCGCUGAGGGGAGUCAAGCUUGUGAUUCAAGAACAGAAUGCUGUUCCGGGGAUAGCCAAUUGGUUGCUCUCGUUUUUGGCUGAGGUUGUGUUUGUGGCGUUUAAUUCUACUAUUGAUUGUUUCCCAAGUGCGAGUGGGAAGAAGUGUGUGGUGUGUGGGAACCCUGUGAGGUUGUCUUUGAGAAAGAAUGUGUCUAAGGAGGCGGCGAGGGGGCGGUUUUUUCCAAAGUGCGGCAAGGAGGUGGAGGAUGUGAAGGUGCUUUUGGUGCUUGGAGGGUCUUUAGGUGCUAAUGCCAUCAAUAUUGCUUUGUUGAAUUUGUAUUAUCAGAUGUUGUUGGAGAAGGAAGACUUGUUCAUCAUAUGGCAGACUGGAGUGGAGGCCUAUAAUGAGAUGGAGAGCCUUGUUAAGAACCAUCCGCGGCUGCUUUUGAAGCCGUUCAUGCAUAAAAUGGAUCUGGCAUAUGCAGCUGCAGACCUAGUCGUUUCACGAGCUGGUGCAAUGACUUGUUAUGAGAUCUUGGCAACUGGGAAGCCUUCCAUUCUGAUACCAUCACCAGAUGCUGAUGAAGGACAUCAAUUCAAAAAUGCCUCUUUGAUGGCAGACUUGGCGGGUGCAAGGGUUAUAACUGAAGAUGAACUUGAUUCGACAACACUUGGAAAUGCAAUAGAAGAGAUAGUAGGGGAUGAGAGUAAAAUGGCAGAUAUGUCCGAGAGGGCUCUGAAAGCUGCAAACGUUAAUGCCUCUGAAGAGAUUGCACAUCACGUUCUUUCUCUAGUCAGCUUAUCAAGAGCAAAGAAGUAGACUUAAAGUUGGUUUAUAUUCUACGCAAAAAAGCGUUAGAUCCAGGUUCCACGCUCCAUUGCAGUCCACCAAAAUUAGUUAAUUUGUUAUAUGCACAAGCUCGGGUUUCAUGUGAGUUCAGUUCAGGAAAUUGUCCAUGAAUGUAGGUAGCUAGGUUGCUAGAGUUACUGCCACUCCGAUCUUCGUUAUUAGAGAGAGAUAUCAUAAAGAAUCUCUCCUUCAUCCUUCUUACAAAGGGUUUGAUGAGGAACUUGGUAGCUAGGAAAGCUGAGUCGGAUAAACAGCCUGAGUCAGGAUCUUCAUCUUCUUUACCAAGCUGUUCCAAACAUGGUAAGGCACUGCAUUCUGUUCUGUGAUUAGGAAGAGGUCAUAUGCACCAAAAAUGACUGAUUUUACUGCUGUAGCCUUCUCUGUUUGAAGUCGCCAACACACUUUUCAUAAAGAAAUCUUAUGCUAAUGAUCAUUUGCGUUCAGUUAGUACUUGUGUAGUAUGACUUUCAUUCGGGAUGCUCUUUAGUGCUCCAGACUAUUGAA